AGCUACCACUGUAAUUUCUAUGGACCUCUACGGACAACUUCUGUGAAUUUCAAAUAGCCCGAAAUGAGAAGCAGAUCCCCUGUGUCUCAUACCGGUAUUCACAGCCCUGUGGAGUCUCUGCAAUGUGAUCGACCGACCAAGAACCGUCCUGACGAGCACUUUCACUGUGUCAUCUUCUAAAGAGAGUUCCUGAAUAGACUCGCUACCGAAACACUUACUUGACUCGACGCACUGCUGAAUUACACACGCGGAUUUUAAGUGGUGCAUUUUUUUCUGUAGAGUAUCGAAUUAUUUGAUAGAAAAUGUCAGAAGUCAGUAUCGGAAGGAAAAAGGAAAAAUGCGAGAAUUGUACCAAACAGUGCAACAAGAAACAGAGUGAUGAAGGAAUAAACUCACUGCAGGAGAAAGAUGUCGCCAAUGGAGAGGUGCGAGAUACCACGCAGCCUGUCUUACUGAGUGCCUGUCUGUCUUGUGAGGGCUGCCUCUCUGAAGACGAGAGUUACAGAAUCUCUCAACAGAACCUGGAGGAGAUCAACCGUGUACUAGCCCUCAGAGAGAAGUGUGACACGUCGAAGCACAAGGUGUUGGUGGUGUCUGUGUGUCCUCAGUCCUUGCCUUUCUUCGCCGUUAAGUUUGGCCUGGACGUCCCCGAGGCAGCGCAGAAAAUCUGUGGUUUUCUGAAGAGUGUGGGGGUGCGUUACGUAUUUGACACCAUGUUAGCUGCUAGCUUUAGCAUCCUGGAGAGCCAGAGGGAGUUUGUGCAGAGGUUCCGACGGCGUCACCACGAUGCCAACGCUGUGCCAAUGUUCACCUCCUCCUGCCCUGGAUGGAUCCGGUAUGCAGAGCGUGUUCUCGGCAGUCUGGUCACUCCACACAUCUGUACAGCACGAUCCCCACAGCAGAUCAUGGGAUCUCUGGUCAAAGACUACUUCUCUAAACAACAGAAACUGAACUCUGAACAGGUGUACCAUGUGGUGGUGGCACCAUGUUUUGAUAAGAAGUUGGAGGCUGUGAGGGAUGAGUUCUACAGCAGUCUUCUGGAGACUCAAGAUGUUGACUGUGUACUGACCUCAGGGGAAAUUCUGCAGCUGAUGCAACAAUACAAAGUUUCAGUGGAGGAUGUGGACUCUGUCCCUCUGGACCAUGUGUUCGGAGAGGCUGGAGAACCGGCCCUGGCGAGACACGAGGGGCGUGGCUCUGAGGGCUUUCUGGAACACAUCUUCAAACACGCCGCCAAAGAGCUGUUCGGCCUGGACGUGCAAGACAUCGUCUACAAGACACUCAGGAACCGAGACUUCCAAGAGGUGACGCUGGAAAAAGACGGAGAGACGUUACUCCAGUUCGCUGCCGUGUAUGGCUUCCGGAACAUUCAGACUCUGGUUCACAGAAUGAGGAAGGGGAGGGUGCCGUACCAACUGGUGGAGGUUUUGUCCUGUCCCGGAGGUUGUUUGAGCGGUCGAGGGCAGGCGGAAGGGGAUGGGGGGAAACCUGACCGGCCGCUGGUGCAGCAGAUGGAGGAAGCCUAUAGCAGUCUACCCGUCCGUCUCCCUCAGCUGAAUCCUGCCGUCGAGAGGCUGUACCAAGACUGGCUGGAUGGCCAGGACUCACCCCGCGCACAACAAAUCCUCCACACACACUACAAUAGCCAAACACAGCCCCCGACACACACACUGCCCCCGGACAUUCAGUGGUGAAAGGAACAGACCCACGCGGUGGAAAACUGGUUUUAAAGGACCAUUGGUCAGGCUGUGUGUUUAAAAAAAUGGGUGUAGGCUGAGUGUGUUACACACCACAGCACUGUCUGUUAAAAAAAAGGCUAAAAAUCUGAAGAACAGGUCCCCUGUCCCAGUGAUGAAAUAAGCUAAAAGCUGUGAACAGUUGUGGACCGAGCUAGUUUAGCUAGCUAGCUAAUUGGAGACGCUCUGGUUGACUGGACAUUACAUUUGUUCAUGUUAUCAAAGGUGCAAAAAAGGAGACGACAGCAAUGUUGGUGUCACCUGGUAUGUUCUUCCUAAACGAUUUAGUUGUAUGAACUAUCACUUCGACUCUGUCCAUACAUGCGGAAAGCUUGGAAGUAAGGCAAAUAUUGUCGAUAUGAAAUUUGACGACUCUGGCGGUAAAGUGACCGGAUGUCAGCCGUUUGUCGGCGCGUGUUCAAGCCGACGGCAAAAGUCACUGCUGCAGCUAUCAUUAAUCUCCUAACGAUGCAUGAUAUCACCCUUCACUCAUACCGUCCUACGAACCUAUUUCGCUAUGCAGUAACAUCUGAAUAAGGGGGAUGGUUAUUCGAAAAUGGUACCUCCAUUUUUAACCUUGUCG